AGGAUUUAAAACGGGCCAGGGCGGACGGUGCCCCGGGGAACACGGAGCCACGCUAUGCGUUGGACCCCAGCGCGGCCAGACAGCCGGGGAGCCCAGGGCACGCUGGGAAACCGUGCGCAGCGCAGCCCCGCCCGCUGCACAACCCUCGACUGCCCCCUGGCGCCGCGCGUAGACCGUGCAGGCCUGGUCGUCCCCGCACCGCCCACCCCGGCUCGCGAUUGGUCGCUCCCCAAGGGUCAGGCCUUCUGCCUUCUGCGGCCGGAUUGGCUGCACGCGGGCCAGAUCUCCGCCCACCAACGGGGUCCUUUGAUCACGCGCCCGUGGGCUCUUCCGGGCCCGGGAGCCAACCCAGGGCGUUGCUGUCGCGGCUGCCGCGGCGGGAGGGAGCCUGGUGGAGGCCCCUCCCGAGGCCCCACUUCCAAUGCUGGCCACCCAGGCCUCCGGCUGCCGAUGUCAUGAGUAACACAACAGUGCCCAGUGCCCCUCAGGCAGACAGCGACUCCAUGGUGGGCUACGUGUUGGGGCCUUUCUUCCUGAUCACCCUGGUCGGGGUGGUAGUGGCUGUGGUAAGGAGCGCCCCGCCAUACACCCAGUUUGGCCUGUGUAGUCAGCGGCUGUGCUGGGAAGGGUGUGAAGGGGCAGCCUCUGCAGUGCUGUCUCUGUUCCAGAUUCUCAUUAUGCAGUCCAAGCUGACCUUGACCCCCGAGACCCUCCUGGCUCAGCUUCCCAAGUGCUGGGAAUCCAGGUGUGCACCGUGUUACCGGGCAGUGCGGGAAAAAGUUUCACAGCAAGGCCAAGAGCUCCCUGCAGUGAAUCUCAGGGCUAAAGGUACCAAGUAUAAAUCCACCUGUCUGCCUGUGGCUGGGGAGGUGCAGCCCAGGGCAGGGCACACACAGGCUGGGGCUCUACCCCUAGCACCACUGAAGAAACAUAAAUGUGCAUGGAACUGUUUUGCUUCUGAAAUGAGGGCCUUUUCAAUGAGCUACACACGCCACGGCCCCUGUAUUUGUUUUGAGACCAAGCCACCCACUUUGGGUUUUACCUUGUGAUCCUCCUGACUCAGCCUAUCAAGAGUGCUAGAAUUAAAGGUGCAUCAUCCUGCCCAGCUCUUUCAAUUUUUAACCCAUCUUCACGAUCAAAAAUAAAAUUAAGAUUGGCAUGGUGGCACAUGCCUAUAAUCCCAGCACUUGGGAAGCUGAGGCAGGAAGAUCUUUGUGAGUUCAAGGUCAGCCUGGCUACACAAGCAAGUUCAAGACCAGCCUACGCUACACAGUAAGACCCUGUCUUAAAAACCCAAAAAUAAAUCAUUUUACAGCCAGGCUUAAACUGAGGUGGUCAGGGCAAGUUAGUGAGUCCCUGUCACGGAAUUUACAGUAAACUUUGAUUAAAAGGGUUGGGCCCUAGUAUAGAGGCAAGAAGAUGCUAUGGAGAUCGAGGCCAGCCUGGGCCACACACAUAGCAAGACCGUGUCUCAAAAAACAGAAAACAACAAAAUGGCUGGAGAUGUAGCUCAGCGUCAAGGCCCUGAGUGCCAACCCUAAUACUGCAAAAAUUCAGGGGUCCUUGGCACCCGCCUAGGGAGGUGACCCCAAGUUGCUCCUGGCCUGGCCUCAAAGGCUAGCUGGGGUUCCUCGCCCCUACUCUCCUGGUCUGGAGGUCGGAGACCACCCACUGUUCCCUGCACAACUGCCCAUACCUCCCGAGCCCAAAA